CGGCCAUCUUGCAAGCUUAGGCGGCGGCGGUGGCGGUGGCGGUGGCGGGGGCGCUGCAGCGGUGCGGUGGGCUCGCUCCCGGCGCGGUGAGGCUCUCCGGCGCGGGCCACGCUCUUCCUUCCCUGCUCCGGUCUCGACCACGGCGAGCCUGAGCGCGGCGGCGGCCCACGCGCGGCGACGGGGAGAGAUGAGCAGCAGCAGCAAUAAAAGAGCUCCGACGACAGCGACCCAGAGGCUGAAACAGGACUAUCUUCGCAUUAAGAAGGACCCGGUGCCUUACAUCUGUGCUGAGCCCCUCCCUUCCAAUAUCCUUGAAUGGCACUAUGUGGUCCGAGGCCCAGAGAUGACUCCUUAUGAAGGUGGCUAUUACCACGGAAAACUAGUUUUUCCCAGAGAAUUUCCUUUUAAACCUCCUAGUAUUUAUAUGAUAACACCCAAUGGAAGAUUUAAGUGCAAUACAAGGCUGUGUCUUUCCAUCACGGAUUUCCACCCAGACACGUGGAACCCGGCCUGGUCCGUCUCCACCAUCCUGACUGGGCUCCUUAGCUUCAUGGUGGAGAAGGGCCCCACCCUGGGCAGUAUAGAGACGUCGGACUUCACGAAAAGACAGCUGGCUGCACAGAGUUUAGUGUUUAAUUUAAAAGACAAAGUCUUCUGUGAAUUAUUCCCUGAAGUCGUGGAGGAAAUAAAACAAAAACAGAAAGCUCAAGAUGAACUCAGUAGCCGACCCCAGGCUCUCCCCUUACCAGAUGUGGUUCCAGACGGGGAAACACACCACGGUCAGAAUGGGCUUCAGCUCCUCAACGGGCACGCGCCGGGGGCCGGGCCGCACCUCGCGGGCCUCCAGCAGGCCAACCGGCACCACGGACUCCUGGGCGGCGCCCUGGCGAACUUGUUUGUUAUAGUUGGGUUUGCGGCCUUCGCCUACACGGUCAAGUACGUGCUGAGAAGCAUAGCGCAGGAGUGAGCCCCGCGCCACAGCCGGCAGAGGUGGUCGAACCGAGGGCACCGCUCCCGAGCUCGCCAUGGGCUGGCUGGACGUGCCGCCGGGCGCAGGGUGGACCUGCCUGACUUCUGGGGUUAGCUUUUUAAAAACCUUUAAAAGGAAAACAAAAACCAAAGCGUGUAAUUUGGAUUUAGAGGAGGUGCAAGAUUCUCAGCUCCCUGUCCUCACCCUGGGGUCUGUUGGGAACCAUGGAGCUUGGGUGUCGAGGAGGGACCUCAUGCUUUGGUUUUAUAGCUUAAUCUCCUGUAUCGUCUUUCGGACCUGUUUUAGUAAACCUGUUUUUCAUUUUACUAGAUUUGGUCACUUAAAAAUACAAAAACUCGAUUAGCAAAUA